AUGUCGUCCACAACAUUCCCACUCUCUUUCAUGAAGAAACUUGGUCCGCUCGUCUCCAUCUACCAACCACCAGAUGCUUCACAGUCAAGCAAAACCACCACCAAGGCAAAGCCUCCACGCUUCAUCAUCAUCGCCGGCUGGACCGACGCCAAACCCACCCACCUCGCAAAGUACAUCCUCAAAUACCAAACCCUAUAUCCCGCCGCACAAAUCCUCCUCCUCAGAAGUACCAUGAGUUGUAUCCUACGCCCCUCCCAAAUAGGCCCCGCCAUGAAACCCGCGGCCAUAGCUCUUCGCGCCGCGUUCCAGACAUCGACAGCUGCAGUUUCUUCACCACCCCUGGUCAUCCACAUCUUCUCCAACGGCGGCUCUAGCAGUAUCGCGAAGUUGUAUGAUCAAUACGCCGCCCUUGCCGGACUGAGUGAAGACACCCGUCUGCCACCACACGUCACGAUCUUCGAUUCCGCGCCAGGCCUCUUCCAUAUCUCCAACUCUAUAGCAUUCAUCAGCGUGUCCUUCUCCCCCUUCCAAACCCUCCUUGCUACCCCUUUGCUCUAUCUCUGGGCUAUUCUGUGGAGUGGCGCCAUGGCACUGGGUCUCUUACCGGAUCUAUUGGGUGAUACGUAUAAGUCGCAUAAUCAUCAUGAGGGGAAUGGCAGGGAGGUGAGGAGAGUGUAUGUUUAUAGUGAGGAGGACAAGUUGAGUGAUUUCAGGGAUGUGGAAAAGCAUCACGCGGAGGCGGGGAGGAGGGGGUUUGAGACGAGGUUAGAGAUGUGGAGGGGAAGUAGACAUGUGGAGCAUGCGAGGGGGGAUGGGGAGAGGUAUUGGGGUGUUGUGAGGAGGUGUGUUGAGAGUUGA